GAUGGAUCCGAGUUUGAUCUAGACACUUGCCGCGGCUCGGUGAACAUGCCGCCUUGGGAGGUGGGCCAUGCUGUUGUGCCUCGAUUGCUAAGGGAACAGGUACCUCUCCGUCCUCUCAUACAAGCAGAAAUCGGAUGUACCUCGCUGUACGGUCUACUCUGUCCGCGCCCAUGGAGCCACGACUUGCAGCUGUACUCUGUACAAACCCAACAUGGGGCCUAAGGCCACCGGUGGGUUUUGCUGUCUUGUACAACCCUCCUUAUCAGAUCGCGGGCCUUUUUUCUCUUCUGUAUUUGCUUCUUCUACUGUACACCUGUUUCACUCAGAUAGACUUGACUGCAAUGGAGUGGUUAGGAAGAGCCAAGAUCGAAUUCACCCAUUCGCCAACUCCACGGACAAUCAAGGAAAAAGACGGCCAUGAGACAGACCUCCUCAAGAUCUGCGAGUCAAACACGCCGCCAUGCCACCUGAACCCCCUGCUGUUCAACGGCCAUGUACAGACAAUGUGGACGGCCACGAAGCCACACGGGCCACUCAUGUACUACAAGCGCAAGGUCUUCCAGGCCGAACACGAGGCCUAUGAGGGAUCCUUUGCCGUCGACUUCGUCGUGAAGCCUCACGAGGGCCGGGACGAAGGCUUGCCGCCCCGGACGGUGCACUACUCGGACGAGGAAUGGGCCGACGUCGGGUCGGACGAUGCGAAGCCGAUGCUGGUGGUGCUGCACGGCCUCUCGGGUGGCUCUCAUGAGGUGUAUCUGAGACACACGCUUGCUCCUCUGCCAGAGCAAGGCUGGGAGAUGUGCGUGGUCAACUCUCGGGGCUGCGCAGGCAGCAAAAUCACCAGCGGCAUCCUGUACAAUGCCCGCGCAACGUGGGAUAUCAGACAGGUGGUCAAGUGGUUGAAGAGGACAUUUCCGAACCGCCCACUCUUUGGCAUUGGCUUCUCACUCGGCGCAAACAUCAUCACAAACUACUGCGGUGAAGAGGGUUCAGAGUGCCUCCUCAAAGCCGCCAUUGCCGUCUCAAACCCCUUCAGUCUGGACAUUGCCAGCAGAACAAUGUCGAGCACCCUCAUCGGCAAAGAACUCUACCUCCGAGUCCUGGGUACUGCUAUGAAGUCCUUGAUUGAGCGGCAUAAAAAAGAACUUCAAAAGCACACCAAGUUGGAUCUGGAAGCCAUCGCAAACACCACUUAUCUAAACGAGUUUGAUCGGGAGAUUCAGUGCCCGACAUGGGGAUAUCCCACCGAAUUUGCGUAUUACCGCGACGCUUCCUCGACAGACGCAAUCCUCGCCAUCAAGAUCCCAUUUCUAGCAAUUUCAGCCAUCGAUGACCCCAUUGCGGUCAAGGAAGCUAUUCCCUUUGAAGAAUUCCGCCAGAACCCCAACACCGUCUUGCUCACCACAUCCUUGGGCGGCCACUUGUGCUGGUUUGAAACUGGCGGAACUCGCUGGAACACUCGUCCGGUGUGCAACUUCCUCAACCACAUGGCAUACAAGGUUGAUCUCGACAGCCUCGUACCAAUGGAUUACCCACCCAAGGAGAAGGCUUUCGCCGCCUCCGAGUACGACCCAAUGAGACGUAAGAUGUACAUUGUGCGGAAUUAAAAAGUCUUAGACUUUUUCUUCUUUUU